CCCCAACCCAGCGCGCCUGCACGUUGUAUGGUUCCCCAGCUAACGAAACACAUUUGCCCGCUGGGAUCCGUCCCAGCGACGUAAAACUGCUGAAUUACAGGACGGGAAAUAGAAGAAACGGACGGCAGAGUUGGUGGGGGGAGGGAGGGACGACUGGUUGUUCAUCGCACGGAUAAGAGAAAGCCGAGCCCAUCCUUUCACUUGACAACGCGACAACAAGCGGAUAGAAAGGUCUUAUUCUUAGCUGUCCCUCCAUCCACCAUAACCUGGUGGGUUGGGGAAACCCCUGAUGAGUGGGACCUGUAUCCAUGAGCCCCGUGCCCCUUCCCCCUCCCUGUCAGGCUUCAGUACCCCGGUAUCCGAACCCCCCUACCGAAGACUUGAUGGUGACACCCCCGCCUGCACCCCGGAAACGGACCUGACCCCCACUCAGUGUGUCCUCCGAAACGUGUUGUCCAUUGACACUGGUGGGCCGGGGGCACCAGGAGGCAGCAGUCCCACUCCCAGCGAUGGACCUUCAGGCCACUUUGAUAACAGUGUGCUAAAACUACACGAACAUGACGUCUGCCACUGUGGGAGUGGUGCCGAGGCAGGCCACAGUCCGGAGGCGGGCGCCGUCCGGAGCCAUUCGGAGAAUAUCCGGCUCCAAUCGGGUAGUGGCGGUUUCUUGGAGGGUCUAUUUGGAUGCCUAAAGCCUGUGUGGACCAUGAUCGGAAAGGCCUAUUCCACUGAACACAAGCAUAGCCAUGAAGAGUGCUGGGAGAUUCCUUUUGAGGAAAUCUCAGACCUACAGUGGGUGGGCAGUGGGGCGCAAGGUGCUGUCUUCCUCGGCAAGUUCCACGGAGACGAUGUGGCUGUGAAGAAAGUGCGAGACAUCAAGGAGACUGAAAUCAAACACCUUCGCAAACUCAAGCACCCCAACAUUAUUACUUUCAAGGGCGUGUGCACCCAGGCUCCUUGCUAUUGUAUCUUGAUGGAAUACUGUGCCCAAGGCCAACUAUAUGAGGUGCUGAGGGCAGGUCGAAAAAUCACCCCCUCCCUCCUGGUUGACUGGUCCAUGGGCAUUGCAGGAGGCAUGAACUACCUACACCUUCAUAAGAUCAUACACCGAGACCUCAAAUCCCCCAACAUGCUGAUCACACACGAUGACCUUGUAAAGAUCUCUGACUUCGGAACCUCAAAGGAGCUCAGUGACAAGAGCACAAAGAUGUCCUUUGCAGGCACUGUAGCCUGGAUGGCUCCUGAGGUCAUCCGGAAUGAGCCAGUGUCAGAAAAGGUGGACAUCUGGUCAUUUGGAGUGGUGCUGUGGGAGAUGCUCACCGGAGAGAUCCCUUACAAAGACGUGGAUUCAUCCGCCAUCAUCUGGGGUGUCGGAAACAACAGCCUGCAACUGCCCAUACCUGAGAGCUGCCCUGAUGGCUUCAAGAUCCUCCUCAGACAAUGCUGGAACUGCAAACCCAGGAAUCGGCCUUCCUUCCGUCAGAUCCUUCUCCAUUUGGACAUAGCAUCAGCUGACGUUCUGUCCACUCCUCAGGAGACAUACUUCAAGUCCCAGGCGGAAUGGCGAGAGGAGGUGAAACAGCACUUUGAAAAGAUUAAAUCUGAGGGUACUUGUCUGCACCGACUCGAUGAGGAGCUGAUCAACCGACGCAGAGAAGAGCUCAGACAUGCGUUAGACAUUCGCGAACACUAUGAGAGGAAACUGGAGAGGGCAAACAACCUUUACAUGGAACUCAGUGCUGUCAUGCUACAGCUGGAGCUCAAAGAAAAAGAGUUGCAGAGGAGGGAGCAGUCCUUGGAUAAGAAGUAUCCGGGGUUUUUUAAGCACCACAGCUCCAGGCAGAGUAGCUCUUCCAACAGUGUGGACAAGCUCAUCAAGAAGAGAAAUGUCCCACAGAAACUGCCCUCAGGAAAGCGGUCAGACAUCCUUAAGUCUGAGGUAAUCAUUCCCAAACUUGAUUCCUCUGUAAUGCAAGUCACUAUCCCAACCUGCCCCAGCAGAAGCUCCACUUCUCCCAGUCGGUCUCGGAGGGUCAAAACACGCCACCGCAAACCUGGAAAAGGCAGCAGUGGAGAUCUGUCAGGACUGAAAGCCCAUCAGUCAUCUCCCAAUCGAGAGACAGUGGCCCAGGUCAACAGCCUGGCCACUGAUUCCUCAAAGCAGCUCCUGGAGCCCUCAGCAGCCUUGCGGGGCCUCCACCACGAGCAGCAGCAAAGUCAGAUGUCCUCUUCCAGCCCUGACCUGAUCUGCACCACGCUCGAAGUGGGCGGCCAGGGGAAAAAAAAGGAUCCACCUGUCGGCAGGCUGGAAAGAGGAGGCAGCCUCAGCGCCUCUGCAGGAUUAGGUGAAUCAGAGGUGGGGGUUGCCGGUCUGGAUGAUCUUACAGAAACUCCGCCACGCAGCGACACCCCUAGCGAGGAUGCAGCAUCAUUUCCCUUCUCCAGCAGCCCCGACUCGCCUUGUGGGAGGGGGGCAGCAGCAGGGCGUGGAUCGCUUGGAUCUCCGCGCCUCCCCCAUGAUGGCGGGGAGGAUAAGGAGGAUGGAGCAGGUGCUGUGAGGUUGUCCCGGGGGGCUUCGGGGGGAAGUGGCGGUCAGCACCUCACACCUUCUGCCAUUCUGUACAGGGCAGCCAUUACACGAAAACAGAGGCGCGGAGUGUCAUCAGAAGAGGAGGAGGGGGAAGUUGACAGUGAAGUUGAGUUACCGCGGAGACGACGUCCGACGAGUAUCACCAAGUGUCAGUCGGUGUCAACCUUCAGCUCAGAGAACCUGUCCGUUUCGGACGGCGAGGAGGGCCACACGACAGACCACUCAAACAGCGGCACCCCCGACGUAGUCAGCACUAACACGGAUGACAGGUUGGACUACCGCAGUGACGAUCUCCUCUCUCAGGGCUCAGAGAUCCCAGCAGACAACACGGAUACCGCGCAGGCCUCCGAUGGCCUGUCAGAGAGAGACGGGAUGCUGGGUCAGGCCAAAGCAAAGCUGGAAAGCGAGCAGAAUCCAAAUGAGGGUCGAGUCCGUUGUGACGAUUCGGACUGCGACAGCGCCGAGCUGGACCAGUCGGGCAGCGGAGAGCCAAGCCGACCCCCCAGUGCUGGAGCGUGGAUGCCGCCGCCUCAAAACAAUCAAGGGGCACCGCAGUCGUCUCACACAGGACCCCCAUAGUCACCUGGACUUAAAUACCUCGAAUCACCGUACACCGAACCGUCACAGUGCACCGGUCGAGCUGGUGCAGCAUGUCAUGAGGGAUCACGUCUUUAGCAAAGUUACGAGGGCUCCCACGUACACUGGCUGGGAAACCGGCCCCACAUGACACACAUUUUUCAUAACCUGACAUUCUUUUGUCAGUUUGGGAAAUUCAGAGUUUACUCUUUGUAGGCGAAAUAGGUCACCACUACGAGUCAUUUAGUUCACUAACCCCCACUCGGGGAGCAUUCCCAUACACUCCAUGCAUUAAAAUACAAAUAAAUAAUAAUGUAAAUAAUAUCGACAUGCCACGUGAAAAUAAUUAUUUAUGAGAUAAAAUCUAAGAAUAAAUGGUUUGCAGCCCUGUGAACAAAUGCAUGACUAUAUGUUUAUAAUUUAUGAUUCGAAUGUAUCUGUUUUAUAUUUUGUGGAAGUUUACACUUUUUUAAUCCUGAAAGUAUUUUCUCUGUUCUUUAUGUUAAUAAAUGUUAGCACUGAAGAAAAAAAUGGGGGGGGGGGGGGUUUGGAACGAGUCUCCAGUCAUGAUGCGUGAUUGGGGUUUCUUAGUAGGUUUGAAUUGCAAAACAAUCCCUGCAAAGUUUCUAGCGCACGACACUUGCGUGAGGUUUUUACAAAGGUCAUCAGAUUUGUGUUGGAAUGGAGACCUUUCGGUUCACUCGGAAGGAAAUGCUUGUCAUUGCGUAGGUAUAAUUCCCAAGCGUUGUCUUUGGGGAGGAAAAAGAGUAACUGCACUCACAGUGACAACUUCCUCUGAAACGCAAAGAACCAGGAAAAUGACUUACUGUAGGCGUCAACUCUCUCCAAGCAGCAACAGUGGGGCAGGUGCUAAUACACGAGAAUGUGCUUUUGUAAUUAACUUAAAGGAUUCAUUCCGGUGGUCGCCUUCAUAAAAACCUCCACAGUCCCCCAUGACCCUUUAAGAUUUCUGCAGGAGUAGCCUGGUAAAGUAUAUAGAGCACUUCUCUGUGGUCACUCAUUGAAAUGUUAAGUAUCCUUUGAAUAGAAAUGUCUUGUUUUUAUACUGCAUUGCACAUUGUACCUGUAAUAUAGGAAAUAUAUCAAAAGAAAAAUUAACGAGCUACAAUAAACAAAUAAUGUAUUGUUAA